AUGUAUGCCGUUAGUAUAUCGUUGGGCUCCAGCAGCGCUGUGGUGGCUGUUGCUGCCGCCACUAUUGCUACGGCUGCUGGAGAGGAGAAAUCCGCGCCUAUUAAAUUAACCGCCAACUCCGCUGGUCACCGCUCAACCCCGGUGAUGGCUGCAUUUGCAGGCAAUGAAGAGAUUCUUUUUGGCGAAGAUGCUCGUGCACUGUACGCACGGGCACCGGAGGUUGUGGUACCGUAUCUGUUUGCCUUUGCUGCUGUUGCUGAGCGCCACCAAGAACAACAACGCCGUUGCAAAAUGGGUGGCGAUCCUGAAGAGGGAAAUAAUGACGAUGCGGAGAAGGCUGCUUUGGCCCUCAAGCGUGAAAUUGAAGAGGCUGCGGGGAAGCAAUUCAAGGGGUCUUGUCCACUUUUGACGGGGGAGGGUGAUGAGGCGCAAAAGCCGGGGUUUUGCUUGCCAAAUCGGGGCGAUGAAGUCGGUGAAAAAAACGUCUUUAUUAGUGCGGAAGAUAUGCUUGUUGGGUUCUUUAACCACAUUAAAAAGCAUACAGUGGAUGGUGCCUGUGGAUUGACAGCUACUGCUGAGAACUUUUCCUCGCAGGAAGAAACACCACAGCAAGCGAAGCAGCCGGAAAUUAUCCUCACGAUUGUAGUGCCCCGCUACUUGUUUCAAGGGGCGGUAAUGUUGAACAAUUCUCAACAGGAAGAGGAAAUUAGUGGCAGUCAAGAUGCAGGGCGGCGCGAUGCCAUUCAGUGGUUGAGGAAUGCGAUUCUGAAUUCUCAUUUGGGUGCUGUUGCAAUGCACGUUUCGGUGCUUUUCUCUGACGAAGCUGCAUUGUUGGCGAUGGAUGCCGUCUCGUGUCGCCCACAUCAGUCUCAUCCCAUGGCAAACCGUUACUUUCUUUUACCUUCUUCUGCAUCAGCAUCACCAAUGGCAGCUAUCAAUGGUGCUGUUGCGUCAUCGUGGCCUUAUUCACGUGUACUUGUCGUUAAGUGGGGUUCACUGGGUGUGUCCUUUACUCGUCUUUGCCUUGAAGGUGGUUGCCUCGUAGAUGAACCGAGAACAGUUUUUCUCCGCGCCAGUCAGAAGGCGGUUAAUUCUCCAGGAGCAGAGUUUGGGUUUGCUGCAACUUCAUGUGGUGGUGGCGACGCUGUCAACUUGGCUCUCCGCGAGAGUCUUGCCACGACUUUUGCGCAAAAGCAGCGUCGUGUCUUGGGUUAUCAGUCCCUUAGCGAUUUUCCCGCCCGUGCCCAGCGUCGACUGCUGCUUAUUACAGAGGAAAAAAAGGUGGCACUGAGCAAGGCUGCUCAGGUGCCAGUAGAGGUUGAAGCACUGGCGGAGGGUAUUGACAUGCGCGAUACAGUGACGUUUUCCCGUGUUCGUGUUGAUGCCGCGCUGCGAGGGGAAUGGGGGUUUAUUGAGUCAUUUGAAAGGGUUCUUGUGGAAUAUCUUCAUCUCUUAGAACAAAAGGAGGAUGGUGCCAUUGACGCUGUUGUACUCUGUGGUGGUAUGCUCAACAUGCCUUGCAUUGCUCAGUCUCUACGAAAUAUUUUUACGCAGCAUGCGAACAUGCCAAGGGAGGGCCGUCGUUUGUUUGCGCGGAAUCUUGUUAUCAUGGAGGCUGGGAAAACUACAACCCUUGUGGUAGAUGGUUCAAAAGAUAGCGGCACCAGUUUCUCGCAGUCGGUAUCAAACAAAAUCAUAUUUGGGGCGGAAGAGCUUCCAUGUGUGGGUGGAUGUUUGCACAGCUACCACCUUGCACUUGGAGCCCUUCAAGAACAGGAGCACGGAUAUCGGGAUGAUACAAAAAGCCGCAAAAAGGGGAAGAGAAAGAUGUUUAUGGGCCGCAAAAAGCAGGAGCGUGCUGAAGGGUCGCGUCGUGUGUGGCUUGCCCUUACUUUUGGAGAUGCUGGCAAGCAUAGUGCUGGGAAUCAACGUUGUAACGAGGUUGUGAUGUUACAAAAUUCGAUUUUUCUUUACACUGAGUCAAAUCUUAACGCCUUGCGUUCUGCUGUGGCACUUCAGAAGGAAAAGAAUGCUCCUCUUCGACUGCCUAAAGCGGCCCUAACUCUCUUGUUUGCCGCUCACACACUCCUUCCCGCGCGUGUUUUUUUACCAGUGACAGGAGAGAGACGAGAUCCAUUUGUUCUUUACCUGUUUAUGGGCUUUCAAGGCACUACACAGCAGCAGCAGCAGCAGAAGAAGAAACAGGAACGUGGAGCAUCGGAUGAAGAAAAUGCGCUUUUCCAUGUUGCCCCAUUGAGUGAUGCGGGUGUGACGCUACCAGCGGUUGAAGAGGAGGAGGAACAGGAACAGGGGGGAAAGUGGAGGAACUGCAUUGUAUUCACUCUGCGUGAACGCGAGAAGAGCGAAACGGAGUCAUCAGGAUGUGAGGGUAAAACAGUGCCCCUGCAGUUAGUUUUGCAGCUGGCCCGGGUCGCUACGCACGCCUUUGAGCCACCUGUGUUAGGCCCCGACGAUGUGCUGACAAGUGUCACGCUAGAUCUUGGUGAGCAGUGA